AGCUGUGACAUAGAUAAUUCCCCUGUUUGUGGAUGUUUGGAAAAGUUUGUAGCUAAAUAUCCACAACAAUGGGAAAAUGGAGAUUGGUCAGAAGGGUGUGUUCGGAGGACACCUCUUAAUUGCAACAAGGAACAUGUAUUUCUAAGAUAUUCUGGAAUCAAGUUGCCUGAUACUAAGUACUCUCAGUACGAUAAGACUAUGACACUCGAAGGGUGUAGGCAAGUCUGCUCGAGGAACUGCUCUUGCACAGCUUAUUCAAGUCUAGAUAUAAGCAACGGAGAGAAAGGUUGCUUGUUUUGGUUUGGGGAGUUGACUGACAUCAGAAAGCUGUCUGGAAGAGGGCAAGACAUUUAUAUCAGGAUGGAUUCUUCAGAGCAAGUUUCUGUCGCAGGUUCAAAUAGAAAGAAAGCAGAGAUACUCGCAGUGAGUUUCUCAUUGUUGAUGGCAAUGAUUUUACUAUGCCUGAUUUUGUUAUACAAACGGAAAAAGAAGAAGAAACUGAAUCUCAAAGAAGAUUUUGAGCUGCCACUGUUCCAAUUGUCGACAAUAACAAGAGCCACAAAUAAUUUUUCAGUCAACGACAAGAUUGGAGAGGGAGGAUUUGGACCAGUUUACAAGGGGGUGCUGGAAGACGGACAAGAAAUAGCCGUGAAGAGGCUUUCAAGGACUUCCAUGCAAGGACUUGACGAAUUCAAGAAUGAAGUUAUCUAUAUUGCCAAGCUUCAGCAUCGGAAUCUUGUGAGACUUCUGGGUUGUUGCAUACAAGGGGAAGAAAAGAUGUUGAUCUAUGAAUACAUGCCUAACAAAAGCCUGGAUUCAUACAUAUUUGAUCAAACAAAGAGCAAAUUACUUGACUGGCCAAAGCGUUUCGACAUCAUAAAUGGAAUUGCUCGUGGCUUAUUGUAUCUCCACCAAGAUUCUCGACUACGAAUUAUCCAUAGAGACCUUAAAGCAAGCAAUGUUUUGCUAGAUAUAGAAAUGAAUCCAAAGAUAUCAGACUUUGGCUUGGCUAGAAGUGUUGCAGGGAAUGAGAUGGGAGCAAACACAAGCCAUGUGGUUGGGACACAUGGCUACAUGUCCCCUGAAUAUGCAGUAGAUGGGAUCUUCUCGGUAAAAUCUGAUGUGUUUAGCUUUGGCGUCUUGGUGUUAGAAAUUGUGAGUUGCAAGAAAAAUAGAGGAUUUGUCCAUCAAGAUCACAACCUUAACCUUCUCGGUCAUGCAUGGAAGCUUUACAAAGAAGAUAGGUCCUUGGAACUAAUUGAUGAGGAGCUAGCUGAUUCUUGCCAUAUAUCUCAAGUUUUAAGGUCAAUCCAAGUGGGUCUUUUAUGUGUGCAACAAAGUCCAGAAGAUAGGCCAAACAUGUCUUCUGUGGUUCUGAUGUUGGGUAAUGAGAGUCCUCUGCCAGAAGCUAAAGAACCAGGGUAUUUCACAGAAAGAAACAUAUUUGAUGAAGCAAAAUCAGGAUCGCAGACAGCCAGUUCAAAAAAUGAAGUCACAAUCACAUUGUUAUAUCCUCGAUAGAGUGCGAAUGAGUUAACUAUUCUGACUUGUGUACACAUGAAUAAUAUUUUUGGAAAAAACUUGAAACUUUGGUUCUUGAAAUAUACAGCAAUAUCUACUAGUUAUAACAAAUUAUAUCGUGUAAUUAGAAAUAACCAAUCUAUAUUAUUAUUUGAAAUUUUGCACUUUAUUAUAACUCCAUUUCUUAGUUUAAAUAUACUUUGAAAAUGGUACAAAGUUGUUACCCGAUUGUAAGCACCCCUUUGCCUUGAUUGGUUUUUGCAUUUUUGAGUCAUACAAUUGAAUUUUAAUUUUUACUUGAAGGGGUGCGGCCCUCCUCGGACCAAACACGGGAUGUUUCAUGCACCAGACUGCCUUUUUUUAAAAGAAAUAUAAAUCUUAAUAAGGAAAAAUUCCAAAUUUGUCCCUGAACUAUGUAAAAUUGUUUAACUAUUAGAAGUUCCAAACAUAAAAGCCUUUAUCAUACACAAAUCUCCAACUCAACCUCAGCCAUGAUAAUACUCAUAUUCAAGAAUAAAAAUUGUGGAAUAUUAAUAAGUAAAACGAAAACAGCAUUACCUGUUCAUAAAAGCAAAAGAGGUCUUGAAUAUCUACAUGGCGGAGUACUCCAUCAAUUCAUCAUUGGAAGUAACAAACUUUGAAUUCCCGUGAGGUGAGUAGUACCAGAACUGCAAAACA